UGUUAAAUUGUUCGGUGAAGAAGUUUAUAUAACUCAAUACCCCCUCCCUCGCGCGCGACCCGGAAGCUAGGUGACCCGAACUUAGCCCUCACCACCAUCUGACCACCCUUGGGCCACCGCACCUCGACGGUUCACACACCAAACCCAGACCAAAGCAGUUUCCUCACGUUUUCUAUACCCUCCGUUUCCGACGUCUUAGAGUCGCUGCUCACGGUGGUGGAUUUGUACUCUUUAUGGUCGACGACGGAGACUUCUCUACUCUCCUUCAACGACUUUUGAUUGACAACCAUGUCGGAUGCUGAUUCUAAUGCUGCCGCUGCCACUACUACCACUGCCGCUGCCACUACUACCACUGCCGCCACCAUCGCCCAACCACCGACAGUUACCAAAUCUCCAGUGAAGGAGACAAAACGCUGGGCUGAUAUGGAAGAUGAGGAGUCAAACAACCCCGAGUCUAGUUCAAAUUCAGAGAUAAACAUUGAUAAUUUGAAAAUCGACGAGGACAAGAAGAAGAUAAACAAGUUCCUAGAUGAGCCAGAAGAUUCCAAUAUUAAAGCUGUUGUAUCUGGGGAAACGCCUUACACUUCAGCUAAAACUUUUGAGGAAUUGGAACUUAGAGAGGAGUUGCUCAAGGGCUUGUACGUGGAGAUGAAGUUUCAGAAGCCCAGUAAGAUCCAAGCUAUUAGUUUGCCAAUGAUCUUGACCCCUCCGCAUAAGGAUUUGAUUGCCCAAGCACAUAAUGGGUCUGGUAAGACCACUUGUUUUGUGCUUGGAAUGUUAAGUCGUGUUGAUCCCCAGCUCAAGGCUCCUCAAGCCAUUUGCAUCUGUCCCACUAGAGAGUUGGCUAUUCAGAAUUUGGAAGUUCUUCUUAAAAUGGGGAGGUACUCGGGAAUAAGUUCGGAGUGUGCCGUUCCGAUGGACAGCACAAACUAUAUAUCCAUUAACAAACGGCCACCUGUGUCGUCUCAAAUAGUAAUUGGGACACCUGGUACAAUUAAGAAAUGGAUGUCUGCCAAGAAAUUGGGGGUUAGUAAUGUGAAGAUUCUUGUUUUUGACGAGGCUGAUCACAUGCUCGCAGAGGAUGGCUUUAAAGAUGAUUCUUUGAGAAUAAAGAAGGAUAUUGAGAGAAGCAGUCCUCACUGCCAGGUGCUUCUGUUUUCUGCAACUUUUAAUGAAACAGUCAAGAAUUUUGUUUCGAAGAUAGUUAAAGAUUACAACCAGCUCUUCGUGAAGAAAGAAGACUUAUCUCUGGAGUCUGUCAAGCAGUACAAGGUCUUUUGUCCAGAUGAGAUGACCAAGAUUAAAAUAAUUAAAGAGAGAAUAUUUGAUCUGGGUGAAAACCUUGGACAAAGGAUUAUUUUUGUUCGAACACGAAACAGUGCAAGCAUGCUGCAUAAACAGCUUGUGGACGAUGGGUAUGCUGUUACGACCAUCCAAGGUGCCAACACACCAGAAGAGAGAGACAAAAUUGUUAAAGAGUUUAAAGAUGGUUUGACUCAAGUUCUUAUUUCAACUGACCUUCUUGCUCGGGGAUUCGACCAACAACAGAUUAAUUUGGUGAUCAACUAUGAUUUGCCGAUUAAGUAUGAUACCCAAGAACCUGAUUAUGAGGUUUACUUGCACCGAAUUGGAAGGGCCGGUCGGUUUGGGAGGAAGGGGGCUGUAUUUAACUUAAUUUGUGGUGAUAGAGAUGAAGCAAUAAUGAGAAAGAUCGAGCUCUACUUUCAGAGUGAAGUGACUGUGGUUAAGAAUACUGAUGAAGACUUUGAAAAGGCAUUGAAGCAAUCGGGUCUACUUUGAUUGAAAUUUAUAUGAUUAUGAUUAUUUUUUUUACCCUUGUACGAGUAUUAGACAGUCUUCCCACAACAUCCCCAUUGUAUUUAAAAGCUUUUGUCGUUUAAAGGAAAAUAAAUAUAUACAAUUGUUUUGUGGAGUUGGUGUGGCAUAACGUAUGCUGUGUUUUGUCUUGGGAUGAGUAUUGUAAUUUUACAAGAUGUCGUUUUUCGAAAUUACAUCGUUUGCACGGGUGGGAUACUGUCGUUCUUGAACAUAUGAGCUCUACUUUUGGUCUCUAGCAUAAUUGCAAACAUAAAUUAUUUUCUUGGCUGCA